UCCACUCAAGAGGCUUUUAGGAUAGAAUAUGAUACAUUUGGUGAAUUGAAGGUCCCAAGUGACAGAUACUAUGGUGCCCAGACUGUAAGAUCUACAAUGAACUUUAAGAUUGGAGGUGUUUCAGAAAGAAUGCCAGUUCAAGUUAUAAGGGCUUUUGGCAUCUUGAAGAGAGCAGCUGCUGAAGUAAAUCAAGAUUACGGUCUCGACCCAAAGAUUGCUAAUGCUAUUGUAAAGGCAGCAAAUGAGGUAGCUGAAGGAAAAUUAAAUGAUCACUUCCCAUUGGUGGUGUGGCAGACUGGGUCUGGAACUCAAACCAAUAUGAAUGUCAAUGAAGUCAUCAGCAAUAGAGCUAUUGAGAUAAUGGGGGGCAAACUGGGGAGCAAAAACCCAGUACAUCCGAAUGAUCAUGUUAACAAAAGCCAGAGUUCAAACGACACUUUCCCAACGGCAAUGCAUAUUGCUGCUGCCCAGGAGGUUAAUGAGGUGUUGUUACCUGGACUAAAGAAGCUACAGAAUGCACUUGAAGCAAAAUCCAAAGAAUUUUCCCAAAUCAUAAAAAUAGGGCGCACUCAUACACAAGAUGCUGUUCCACUUACGCUUGGACAGGAAUUUAGUGGCUAUGUGCAACAAAUUAAAUAUGGUGUGGCUAGGAUUGAAUCAACCAUGCCAAGAGUGUAUCAGCUGGCAGCUGGCGGGACUGCAGUUGGUACAGGAUUAAACACAAGAAUUGGCUUUGCUGAGAAAGUUGCUGCUAAAGUGGCUGAACUGACGGGUUUGCCUUUUGUCACUGCUCCGAAUAAGUUUGAAGCUCUUGCGGCUCAUGAUGCUCUAGUUGAACUCAGUGGAGCUAUGAACACAGUGGCAUGUAGUCUGAUGAAAAUAGCUAAUGAUAUUCGUUUCCUGGGUUCUGGACCACGCUCUGGACUAGGAGAACUCAUUCUGCCUGAAAAUGAACCAGGAAGCAGCAUCAUGCCAGGAAAAGUAAACCCUACCCAGUGUGAAGCUGUAACCAUGGUCGCAGCCCAAGUUAUGGGAAACCAUGUUGCUGUUACUGUAGGAGGUAGCAAUGGACACUUUGAACUGAAUGUUUUUAAGCCCAUGAUGAUUAAAAAUGUUUUAAACUCUGCAAGACUUCUGGGAGAUGUUUGUGUUUCUUUCACUGACAACUGUGUAGCUGGAAUCCAAGCCAAUACAGACAGGAUCAACAAACUAAUGAGUGAAUCUCUGAUGUUGGUAACGGCACUUAAUCCGCAUAUAGGCUACGACAAAGCCGCCAAGAUUGCCAAAACGGCGCACAAAGAAGGGACGACGUUAAAAGAAGCUGCCGUGAAGCUGGGAUUCCUCACCUCCGACCAGUUCGAUCAGUGGGUGAAGCCUAAAGACAUGUUGGGUCCUCAGUAACUUAAAAAAACCCAGAGUGUUCUUAACGUAAAAAAUAAAUACAAUACACCAAAUAGGA